AUGGCUGUCGUCUGGCCCUCCCCAAUGUCGCAGCCUCUGAUCGACUACGACAUGCCUAUAGUAGACCACAUCCAUGCGCGUCACCGAGGAAUACAUUGGCCAUUCAGCACUUACAAGCCCGAGCAAGAGAUAUUCUACCCAGAUGUCGAUGUACGCGACUACGAGACCGGCUACGCCAUUGAUAUGGAGCUCCCAGGCUUGUUGGACAAGAACAGUAUCAAAGUGGAAUGGACGUCCAAACACGACAUCAUGAUCAGCGGAAUUCUUGCCCGACCUGAACUGCCAGUAGUAGCGAAAUCUGCCGACGCUAACGGACGACGUAACGAAGACAUCAGUGUCGCAACUGAGAGCAGUGAGAAAGACAAGUCUGCUCCCAUACUCUUGGUCGCUGAACGCAGGACUGGUCACUUCCGUCGCAGGUUUCAUCUACCAACAGAAGUGGAUGCGGCAAAUCUGAGAGCAAAGCUUGAGAACGGUCUGUUGGAGAUAAGGGUUGAUAAAGUAAAGACAGACCAACGAACUUCUGGACAAGCAAAGAUUGAAUAG